AUGAGAUUGACUUUGCGGGAUCGUUUUUUUGAUUCGGAGAUGGUUGAGUUUGCAAAGGGAUGUACCGAAGCCCCAGAAAUGAAUGUCGUUGCUAUUGUUCUUAGGGAUACUGAGGCGACAUCCCUCGGCUCAAGUGUGGCGAAGACUGAUGAUGCCCUCGUUGUUGGCUUUGCGAAAAAUCCAAACGUCGGUACAGCGGCGACGAAUGGUGUGAACAAGUCCCUUGCGCCCGUUGAUGUUGGUGGUGUUGAGCAAAAGCAGGGGGUAUUUGUAGGCCUGGUUUUUGUGGUGGAUUGGAGGGGGGGGGUUGAAGAUAGAGGAGACGGGGGUAAAAGUCUUGUUGUUGGUGCUGGAGGGGUGGAGGGGGUCAAAGUGGAAGAGGAGUACGGGUUGGCAGUAUACUUAGACAAAGACCUCUUGGCAGGUGAAUGCGGAAACGAAGCACUUGUAGGCAAAAAUGCAACAGCCGCGUUUCUCUUCGAUCCAGGUCUGAGUGUGGGUCAGGGGCAAUUUGACGAAGUCGAGGUAGCUGGGGGUAUGCCUCCUGUUCCCGUUUGA